CUGUCACCUUCACAGCAUGAGGUGCCUGUGCUUCCCUGAGCUCUGGAAUGUUCUGGGGCCAGCGGCUGUGCUCAGCUUCUGCCAGCACGUCCACACGGCCCAUUCCCUCGUCUCAUGUCAGGACCCCUGGGAUUACGGGAUCAGCAGAGCUGCCUUCUCUGGCCACUGCCCACACCUGUGGGCCCCUGUGGCAUCCAGGCCACUUGCUCUGGGGCGUUUGGGGGGCUGGGGAGUGGGUGGAGCUGGCACCAGCUUGAUCCAGGCUCCUCAUGCCUGGCCCUGGGGUCUGUUUGUGCUCCAAGUGCCAAGAGUGCCUCCCUACCCCUCCUCAUCUGCCUCCCAUGAGUGGGGCCGGGGCUGGGUGAGAGGCCCCCAGAAGCUGCCCCUGUGCACCUCACCAGCCCGUCACUCUUCUUCUAAAGUAACAAAAACAAGUACCUCAAUUCUCAUGGGGGCUGGGGCCCAGGGUCGCUGUGCUGUCUCUCUAGUUACCAGGGUUGGCUCCUUCCUCUCAGCCUCCUUCCGGCAGGAGGUUAUAUCCGAGAGGGAGGAGGAGAACCACGUCCAGAUAGAUGGGGGCAGUGGGGAUGGGCUGAGCAUCAGGACACAGCCUCCCCCUCCCCCACUCGUGUGUGUGUAGAGGCUGAACUCCACAGCAGACUUUGGAAUUAAAUGUGCUUUUUACAUUUUUAUUAGGAAAAAUUUCAAACGUGUGAAUGCAGGUUAAGAGCAGUGCAGUGAACCUCCCUUCCCGCUCCCCAGAUGGGGUGCCCUUCCGAGGACACGGUAGUCAUGAGCAGCUGUCAGCCACAUAGCUCCCGGCUGUGUGGGAAACGGCACAAAUACAGUUUCCUGCAGGAACCCAGUGUCAGUCCCCACACAGGGCCCAGAGGGGCGAGGGUCCCCUGGCUGGGAAUGGUGUGUGUUGGAGCUGACCAGCCUGAGCUUGUCUUGUC